CUACAAUAUCACGGACCAGUAAUUGUUCACAAAAUCGGGCUUGCAAGGAUCCGACAAGGCACAAUCAGAUCGAAGACGACGACGAGGACAAGCUCCAUUCAAUCUCUGAAUCUCCCUCGGACCAGGACCGAACAUGGGUUUCCUUGUGACGACUCUAAUCUUCGUCGUUGUCGGGAUCAUCGCUUCGCUAUGCACUAGGAUCUGCUGCAACAGAGGCCCCUCCACGAAUCUGCUUCAUCUUACCUUGGUUAUUACGGCGACAGUCUGCUGUUGGAUGAUGUGGGCGAUUGUAUAUCUUGCACAGAUGAAGCCUCUCAUUGUCCCAAUCCUAAACGAGGGAGAGUAAGAAUCUCCUCUGCUUCAGACAAUGAUCGCAAACUAGAAAGUAUAUCAGCAAAUUCAGGUAAAGACCGGGCGGCAUUUAUGUGUAUCUUCAGCAUUUCGGUUUUAUGUUCGCCGCCGUGUUUUUGGCCUCAUUGGCUUCAUCACCAUUGCAUUUUUUGUGUGUAUUUCACCUCAUUCAUUUUCCAGACAGAUGAGUCUCACCUUUCUCAUACCAAAGACUUGCAGGUUGUAAUGUUGAUGAAAUAAUCUUUUGGAAGAACACUCCAUUUUCCAUCCCCUAUGGUGAAUAAUGCUUUUGCUGCUGCUU